AUGUUUCAAAUGGAAAUGAAACUGAUUUCUGUGUUUUCAGUUCCCCCAGAUGUAUAUUUGUUUAUAAGGUCUUCCAGUGACGAAUCCAAGCUGAUACUGACCUGUCUGGCCACCGGCUUCUACCCUAAAGAGGUGGGGAUGACCUUUAGGAAAUAUCACACACCUCUGCGUUAUGAUGAGAUUGAAUCCUCAGGAGUCAGACCAAACCAUGAUGGAUCCUAUCAGCUGAGGAAGAGUGUGGAGAUCAAGAAGGAGGAAAGAGAUGAAUAUGAUUGUUUUGUGUCUCACAGUUCCCUCAAAGAACCAAUAACUGCCAAACUAGAUGCUGAAUCACUGAAUCCCAGUACAGCUAAUACUGAAGAUCUGAAGUAUGUUUUACUGUUUCUCCAACAGGACAAGCGAGUUCUGCUGAAACAUCACACAGCAGCAAAACUGUUUCCAUGUUUUAUCUCUCUCUCAUACUUCAUUUGA